UUCCGUCAGUGGUGUGGACAGGAUCUCCCUUGCAGAGGGCGGCAAUUUCAAUGCCUCGCAGAAGCGUUUUACCUGCGGAGAGGUUGGGCCGGACAUCCUUAUGGGGUCAGGACAUCACCAAAAGGCUACUCAGACCGGGGACAAGUCAAAUGAAAUAUCGAUGCCUGCCAUGACUUUUCAAAGCAGAAAAAAUUAUUACACCAGGAAAGAAUAUAAGAGAGCGAUUGGCCGCAAGCACACGUUUGUUCAAGACAAGAGCGCUUGUACUAGAAGACAGCGUUUCGUGUGCCAUGAAUGUGGAAAGUAUUUUACCAGAUUGUCUAGUCUUUUUUAUCACCAGAGACUUCACACUGGAGAAAAGCCCUUUAAGUGCAGUGAAUGUGGGAAAUCUUAUACCGGUAGCACCGGUCUCCUUUAUCAUCAGAGAAUUCACACUGGAGAAAGGCCCUAUGAGUGCAGUGAAUGUGGGAAAUCUUUUAGCAGGAUCGAUUCCCUUCGUAUUCACCUGAGAGUUCACAGUGGCGAAAGGCCUUAUAAGUGCCAUGAAUGUGGGAAAUCUUUUACCACUAGCACUGGUAUUCGUCAUCACCAGAGAUUUCACACUGGAGAAAAGCCGUAUAAGUGCAGUGACUGUGGGAGAUCUUUUACCAGCAGCACUAGCCUUUGUUAUCAUCAGAGACUUCACAGAGGAGAAAGGCCUUAUGAGUGCAGCGAAUGCGGGAAAUCUUUUACCUGUAGUAGUAGCCUCCGUUAUCAUCAGAGAUUUCACACCGGAGAGAGGCCUUAUCAGUGCAGCGAAUGUGGGAAAACUUUCACCAUGAUUAGAUGCCUUCGUCGUCAUCAGAUCAUUCACACAGGAGAGAGGCCUUAUGAGUGCAGCGAAUGUGGCAAGUCUUUUACCAUGAUCCAUUAUCUUCGUCGCCAUCACAGUGUUCACACUGGAGAAAGACCUUAUGAGUGCAGUGAAUGUGGCAAAUCCUUUACCACGAUUUAUAGCCUUCGUAAUCAUCGGAGAUUUCAUACAGGAGAAAAAGCCUUACAGUGCAGUGAAUGCGGAGAAUCGUUUUCCAUGCUCUAUUCCCUUCGUAGUCACCAGAGAGUUCACACUAGAGAAAGGCCUUAUGAGUGCCGUGAGUGUGGGAAAUCUUUUAUCAGUAGCAGUGGCCUCCGUUAUCACCAGAGACUUCACACUGGAGAAAGGCCUUAUGAGUGCGGUGAAUGUGGGAAAUCUUUUACCAAGAACCAAUCCCUUCUUUAUCAUCAGAGAAUUCACGCCAGACAAGGCCCUUAUGAGUGCAGUGAAUGUGGAAAAACUUUUACCGGUAUCCUAAGCCUUCGUAGUCACCAGAGAGUUCACACUAGAGAAAGGACUUAGGAGUAUAGUUCAUGUGGCAAAUUUUGUACCCAAAAUUCUAACCUUAUUCUGCACAUAAGGCUUCACAUGGGAAGAAGGUUGUAUAUGCAUAGGGAAAUGUACAAUUUUUAAGGUCAGUCUUAACAAUACUAUAGGAAACUCUGUUUGUCUGACUUGAAUCUCAUACAUUCGAAUGUCAAAGUAGGGAGAUUCCCUAUAAACUUAUCUGAAAAUCA